AUCGCUAGUCAGCGGGAAAAUGCGCGAGGCCUCAGGGGGACAGACGCCCAGCAGCCCGCCGCCGUGAGUCCAGCACGGUCCUUCAGCGACAGCUGCUUCCGUUAAGUUCGGUGUGACUCCAGACCAAGUCCCGGGAACAGGCGACAACAUGCCGCGGUCUUUCCUGGUGAAGAAACAUCAGAGCAGUAAGAAAGGCAGCUAUGGAGGACUGAACUCCAAGGCUCAGGAGAGCUCCAGGGACAUGCACAAAGACCCUCAACAGCAGAAUUACAACCUCACACAGCAUUAUCGUCCAGCUUCAAGCCCCUGCCUACAACAGAGAUCCCAGUUUCUCCCCUCCUCUCCUCAUGAAGCAGAACGAUUGCAGCCUUCAUCCUUGAAAGAAGCCUCCCCCCUCUCCUUCUCAGGCUACUCUUCUGAAGCUAACAGAAGAAGCGCUGCAGAAGCCUGCAAACAGGUCGAACCCUGUUCCAAGGUGGGCCUGGAAAUCCAGCGUGUCAUAGGAGACUACAGAAGGAGAGAGAGCAUCCUCCCUCCAUCCCUCCCUCUCCUGGCCCUCUUUCCAGUCGUCCCUCCGAGCAGCAGCCAGGAAAACUUUGAGUGUUUGGACUGUCAUGAGGGGCACUUGAGCUUCUCAGGCCUGGACAGACACAAACAGCUUCACUGUGAUUGGAGCAGUAAGAAGUCCUUCAGCUGUAAGUAUUGUGAGAAGGAGUACGUCAGUCUGGGAGCACUCAAGAUGCAUAUCAGGACACACACGCUGCCGUGUGUGUGUAAACUCUGUGGAAAGGCGUUCUCCAGACCCUGGCUGCUUCAGGGGCACAUCAGAACACACACAGGGGAGAAACCAUUCUCAUGCUUCCGCUGCAGCAGGGCUUUUGCCGACCGAUCCAACCUGCGAGCUCACCUCCAAACACACUCCGAAGUAAAAAAGUACCAGUGCUCAAGCUGCUUCAAGACAUUCUCCAGGAUCUCACUGUUAGCCAAGCACCAAGAGGCUGGCUGCCCACUGUGCUAACAUCCUGUGAAAUCAAACAUCUCUGUGUUUGCUGAACAACGUAUUUGGGUAGUCAGAAAACAUGCAUAAUAUGGUGUGUGGAUCACUGCUUCUGAGAUGAGAUUUGACGACAGUCUUUUAUUUUUGGUUUCACAAAGGCACCUGGAAGUGUGCUUUAAAAUCUUUAAUUUCCUUCAAGAACCUGCUCAUUUUCAUGUGAACACAGGAAUGCCCACAGACUCUAGAAAAGUAGUUCUCAGUUGGCAGGUCUGGACCCAGAAAUGGUCACAGAGCUGUUUUUCAGUUGGUAGAGAAUGUGUGCUGCAAAAACUCUUUGGUGUACAGAAGCCCUGAGCAGACAUACACAUGUGCAUUUUAUUUUACCCAGUUUUGCAGAAAUAGCCAAUAAUUUUGGCCAAGAUUUUGACUUAUCUCGUUAUCUUGGAAUAACAAAGAAGUUCUUCCAUGAUGAUGUGCUAAUUCAUGUGUCCUUAAUCCUAACCUUAGCCUUAGCUCACUCCAAAUAAUCGCACAUUACCUUGGUUAACAUAAAUAGUUUACAGUUUAAUGAACAACUUGGGCUGCAGUUGUCUGUUGGCCAAAGAACAAAAAUAUGAGGACUAAAGCCAAAAACACACUGGUGCUGUAGCAUCGUGUAGCAUUCGACGAAGUAACUCAAUCGUCCUUUGCACACAUAAGCGCAGCAGUGCAUCAACGGUGAAACUUUCCACCAGCCACUGCCAGGCCAGGCGCUUGAUCCAAGUCGAGAGCCAUGGUACUUCAUCAGCAGGCAUGACCUCCCUCUUAUACCACACGUAAAACAAUAGAUGGCGCAAAAACAACUUCUCCUGUGCUCUCAAACAGCUGCCACUCAGAUAAAACAGCAGUUCUCUCAUAAAAGCACAUGCAAGGAACAGAACAGUGGCGUGAAUUGCUGUGGCAUGGCGGAUUGGAUCACAUGGCUGCCACAGUGUAGGUUUGUGCAUGGAAAGUAACGGGGCUGAUCAUUUGGAGCAUAGACUGUAAAAAGAAUUGGACUAAGCCUGUGUGACGUCAACCAUCUGAUUACAGUAAGCGGACUCAAACUGCUUUUGAAGCAGCCUCCAUAUUGAUAUUGCUGUUUUAGCAGAACUUUGGAUCACCCGUGCCCGUCCACUAACUCGACUUCAGCUGGCUAGCUAGCAUUAUGGUUGACAGAAAGGUAGCGUCUGCCUGUCAAGCUAUCUGUCAACCAUAUGAGACUGGCCAAUCAGUGCACAGUGAGGUUUUUCCUAAAUAUAAUCUAAGCCAUUGUGGUAAAAAAAUAAAAUCACCCCCCUGUACAGUAGGAGGACAUGAAGACAUUAGCUAAUGAGACACCAGUUUAUUUCAGGUGUAAAAAACAGCUUUUUUUAACACGUGUUGUGUGACUUCCAGUAUUCCUGCAGCCAGCCUCAAGUGGAAACUCGCUGUAUUGCAAUUUUUUGCACUUCCACAUUGGCUUCAUUUUUGAGGACCAGAGGUUGCUGCUUUGUUUGUAGGCACAUCGAAAGCUGCCAGUGUGUUUUGGGCUCAUGUUGAUAAGAUGAUAUGAUGAGCCAACGCUCUGCAGAUUAAAUCGUCCAUAAUGUUAGCAACAAGCUAACUUACAGUAACAUUGCAUUUCAGAGUUUGCUGCAAAGUGAAGUUUUACAUGUUGGCAACAUCAUAAAUUAGGUUAUAUAUACCUGUGACUUUGUUUCCUUACUUUAGAGCAAAUGUGGACAUUCUUGUUGGUUUUCUUUACUAUGAGCUGACUGUGUCUAUCAAAUAGCUCAAUCCAAAAGAGACACUUUGUUGUUUUUAUGUGAGGUUAAAAGAGCAGGAUAAAAACACUUCCUUCUCUAGAGUCACAGGAUACCUCAUAGCAGUGUAACCUUUACCCUGUGCACAUCAUUUGACCAUUUUUCUAGGAUAUAACGGUAUAGAUGUCAUUAAAACAGCAAGAAAGUCAACACUUUUCUGUGUAGGUCUAUGGGCGUGAUGUGAUUGGCUCACAGGGUUGGAGGAUGGAGCUUAAUGAUAGGUCAAUUUCUCAAGAUCUCUAGUAAAAACAUCCAUGAAAUCACAGGAAACCAGUUCUUACAGGGAGAUGCACCAUGUAUGUCCUUCAGGGCCUCUGUUAGCAUGUAUAAACAUGUCUGUUUUGUCCGGUGUAUGUUUUGCUCCAGCUAAAGUCCAAACUGUUAUGUUUUUCUCUGAAUAAAUUUGGGAGUUUUAACAUUUUCAGAAAUUUUGUUUACCAGUUCACAUUUUAGAGGCAGUGGUGUGUCCUGAGGGUCACAGCAUUAGAAGAUAUAAAACACUGUUUCAGAGGAAGAAAUGUAUACCAGUUAAUGCACAUUCCCACAGAACAAAAAUAAUAAAUCAGACUGCUCUAGCAAUGGAUAAGCAAUGUUUUUCCAAUUAUUGUUAGCAGAAAUGCUAA